UAAAAGCGGACGGCCAAAAGGUUGACUUAAUAUUUACAAAUUUUCCUUGGGAAUUUCCCUAUUAAAACUUCUUACUAAUUUAACUAAUAUUACGAGUUUAGACCGAACUUGUUCAACAAUAUUUUUUUUUGUUUGGAUAUAAACAAUUUUGAAGUAAUUGAUUUAGUGGAUCACAAAUUUCCAAAAUAAUUGUAAUUUACCUCCAAAUCCAAAUCUCCUACCCUCCUUGAAUCAAUUGAGCAAUUAACAAAUAGCAGAGCUGAGCUCAGCCCUAAUUUUGUUUUUUCAAAUCCCUAAUUGAAAACCCCUGCAUCUCCAGAAAUUCCUCUAAUUUCGGUCAAGGAAACCCUAAUUAUGGUCGAUCAAAACCCUUAUUCAAUGGGAGAAUCGAAUUUUAUUCAUGAUGAAGAAAUUCGGCUUGAUACGAUCAAAGCUAGAUUUAGAAAUGUCAUGAAAAGGCAUGCUGAAUUGACAGAGCGUCUUUCGAGGGAUUCUGACAAAAUGGUUUUUGAUCGUUUGCAAAAAGAAUUUGAAGCUGCACUAGCUUCUCAAACUCAAGAGAUCUAUCUGGAAGGUGAAGAUUGGAAUGAUGGACUUUUAGCCACAAUAAGAGAGAGGGUUCACAUGGAGGCAGAUAGGAAGGCAACAUCAGGGGAUUCCAAUAUGGAGCUAGACUCUCCCUUGCUCGAAAAAAUCACUUAUAGGGUGGGAAGUAAGGUUAUAUGUUGUUUGGAAGGUGCAAGGAUUGGUAUACAGUAUGAAACAUCGUUUGCUGGAGAGCCAUGUGAACUGUAUCAUUGUGUGCUAGAGAGCAAGUCAUUUCUGGAGAAGAUGACUGUUUUAGAACACACCAUUCCUUUCUUUCUGCCUAUACGAGAAGCUGAAAAUGAUCUUCUCUCAUCCAAUGCAAUGAAAUUUAUAGAUCAUGUUGGAGAACUGUUGCAGGCAUAUGUGGAUAGGCGGGAGCAGGUUCGUGUUAUGAAAGAGUUAUAUGAGAAUCAAAUUGGAGAUCUUUAUCAUAGUCUGCCUUAUCAUAUGAUCGAAUUUGUACUGGAGGAUUUUGAAAGCACCAGGAUCACCAUCAGUCUUAAAUAUGCAGAUUUGGUGUCUGUCCUUCCAACUCGAGUCAGAGUCAUGGCUUGGCCAUUGCACUCAUCCAAGAAGGGCCUUGCUCCGGGUCCAAUGAGCAGAAAGGGAAAUGGAGCAUUGCCAAAUCAUCUUAUUCCCACGUGUCUAUCUUAUGCAGAAGAUGCCCUGCGGAUUUUUAGUUUACCCGAAGCUUUUGCAGAAAUUGUGUUGAACUUGCCACCUGCACUCCAGCAGAUAUUUUCUUCGUAGUUAUCAAUUGAUCGAGAUUUAGAAAGGUAGAGCCACACUAGUCCUUUGUAGGCAAAAUUAUGUCCAAUGCGCUGCACUGUAUAGUCUUUUAUAGAAAAUUUCAACUUCUCCGCGCAAGUAGCGCUAUUGGCCUUUUGUUUCAGUUAAUUAGUGUGUGUGUGUGUGUUUUUUUGGUGGUGGUUGGGGGGGGGGGGGUGAUAAUUGUGGAUAUACAUCAAUUUUAUUUCAACUCUUUAAUAUGGUUAUUGCAUUAUCUUUAUUUUGUAAUUUAAAAAUUUGAAAUUCCCUGGCUGUAGAAAACUAAACAGCUGUUUAUCCGAUUGUUUCUGAUCUCUUGAUUUUUACUGUCAUGUUUAGUUCAUUCGCAUGGUUUUGAAA